CUCUUUUUGAUCUUGCUUUGUUUUCUUCUUUUUUCAUAGACCGUGGCAUUCACUUUAUUUCCAUCAACAGACAGCAUCUGUACUCCAAAAUGAAACAUACAUUGGCAUAAGUUUACUCGAGUAUGUUUUCUUUUACAGACAAAUAAUAUCAUUUGACAUUACUUUUAUUUCAAAGAAUCAAUACUUAAUUAUGGUACUGAUCAGUCCAAUGAUUGCCGCCAAUCAAUCAGUAAGAAAUUCAACAAAAAAAAAAAAUUUUGUUUCUUUCGUAUUAAAAUCACAUGAAACGAAAAAAAGAACAAACAUAAAAAAUCCUUAUGAUUUUUAAAUACAAUAACUUUAUUUAUUUCUAUUACUUUCACACACACACAAAACACAAUAUUGAAGAAAAUUUUUCUCUUGAGAUACUUUUAUAAACAAAACAGAAAAAAAAAUAAUGUGAAGAUUUCUCUAGAGAAAAUUUUCUGUCAUUUUUCUAGACUACAUCAAGUCGUAUGAAAAUAACAUUUAUUUUAUUAUGUAUUUUAUUCUGCAUUAUUUCAUUGGUACUCUAUUCAAAUACAUCAUUAAAUUGGACAUUAUUAAAUUCAAUUAUAGCCAAUAGUUUAAUAUCUAUUUCACAUUCAUCACAAAAUAUCAUCAUAUAUCCAUUACUAAAUAAAACUGAUAAAAUAAAUUUAACUGAUAAAAUUAAUCAAACUAAAACAAUUUUACUUCCACCAUCAGAAAAUCGUCGUUUUGCAGUAUUUGCUUGUUCAAUUCAUUCAACAAUAUUAGCAUAUACAUUUUAUACACCAAUAGCAGCUGCUAGUUGGAAACGUGUUGGUUAUGAAACAAUUGCUAUAUUUGUUGGAGAUUUUACUAAACCAAAUGUUCUUACAGGACGAUUAAAUUUAUCACGUAAUUAUUUAAAACAUAUGGGUGGACAUAUUGUUGAUAUACAAUGUAAUGAAUCAUAUUCAGUUAAAUUAUCUCAAUUAGUACGAGUUUUUUCAGGAUUUUUACCUGAUAGUAUUGUUCAAGAUGAAGAUAAUAUUUUAACAGGUGAUAGUGAUUUAAUUCCAUUGAAAGCAAGUGAAUAUAAACCAACACCCGGUACAAAUGGUUUUAUUUUUAAUGCUUUUUGUUGUGGAACAUUUCAACGACGUGGAAAAACUUAUACAAUGUUUCCAAUGGGUCAUAUAUUUUUACAAAAGAAAGCAUGGCGUGCUAUUAUUAUGGAAUCAGUACAACGUUCUGAACUUCUUAUUAAUGCUGAUAAUCAUACACAAUAUUUAUUAAGUGAAUAUGCUCCUCUAUCAUUUAAUACGAUAAGUUUAUAUGGUCGACAUGAGUUUAAAACAAUCUUUGAUCAACGUAUGGAUAAAGGUGAUUCUGCUUGGUAUAUGGAUCAAGUAUUAUGUUCAAUGUUAUUAACUGAUUAUCGUAAAAAUCAUUCAAAGUUUAAUAUAAGUGAACGUGGUCAUAUUGAACGUCUUGAUCGUACAUAUCCAAUGAGUUAUUGGAAUCGAGAUGAUUUUAAUCAAUUUGGUGAUUCACAUUUAAAACAUGAUGAUAUACUUGAAGAAGGUAAUUGGAAAAUAUUUAAUAAAUUACUUAAAAAUUUAUUUAAUGAUACACUUGUAACAUUACUUAAUGAUUAUUAUAAACAGUAUAUGAUUAUUGAUAAAAUUUUAGUGAAUCAAACAAAAUUGUGA